UUACCCAUCAAAUUGCCAUCCCUGUCUAACACCCCCUCCCCGGCGCCCUGGCCGCCUUCAUCGCCGUCUUCCCUUCCCCAUCUCCCACCACCGCCUCCUCCUGCUCCUCCCCGUCCGCUGACGUCGCCACCUCCCAUGAAACCCUAAUCCCCCAAAACCCUGACCCGGACCAGCACCGCCUCCGCCUCCGCCUCCAUGUCGCCCCCUCUCCAGGCGCCCGACUACAAGCACAUCACCGAGGAGUGCCUCCGCGAAUGGAAGGGGCAGUCCGCCGGCGCCUUCCGCCACCCCGAUCCGGUUCCCAUGGCGCGCUUCCUCUAUGAGCUCUGCUGGGCGAUCGUGCGGGGUGAUCUGCCGCCGCAGAAGAGUCGGGUGGCGCUGCAGUCGGUGGUGUUCGUGGAGGAGGCACGACGAGAGGAGGAGCUCGGUUCGGUGCUCGCUGAUAUCAUCGCCCACCUUGGGCAGGAUUGGCAUUCCUUUAAUAGUCAGGCUGACUACUUCAAUCUGCAGAUUGCAAUCUCCGGUGAAUAUCGCAGCCGUCUUGUCAAAAUGGCUAAGUCUUUUGUGGAGUCUUCAAUUAUUGCACCUAGGCUUCUGCAAGAGCGGUGCGAAGAAGAUUUCCUCUGGGAGGCUGAACAGAGUAAGUGGAAAGGCCAGGAUUUAAAAUCCAAGGAGGUUAGGGUCAACACACGGCUUCUUUACCAGCAAACUAAAUUCAACCUCGUACGGGAGGAAAGCGAGGGCUACGCCAAGUUGGUGACACUCCUUUUUCAAGUUGGCUCAGAUCUGGCAUGCCAGAAUGCUUCUUCAGUUACAAUCAGCAUUAUAAAGUCAUUGAUUGGUCAUUUUGAUCUGGAUCCAAAUCGUGUAUUUGAUAUUGUGUUGGAAUGCUUUGAACUCUAUCCGGAUAGUAACAUCUUUUAUCAGCUCAUACCUCUUUUUCCAAAGUCCCAUGCUGCCCAAAUUUUGGGGUUCAAAUUCGAGUACUAUCAACGAUUGGAUGUCAACAGCCCUGUUCCAUCUGGGCUUUUCAGAACAGCAGCUUUGUUGGUCAAAUCUGGUUUCAUUGACCUUGAUAACGUGUAUUCUCACUUGCUUCCAAAUGAUGACGAGGCAUUUGAGCAUUUUGACUCUUUCAUUGCAAGAAGAAUUGAUGAGGCUAAUAAAAUUGGCAAAAUCAAUCUUGCUGCUACUGGAAAGGACCUUAUGGAUGACGAGAAGCAAGAAAUAACUAUCGAUUUAUACACAGCUUUGGAGAUGGAAAAUGAUUUAGUUGGGGAGCGAGCCCCUGAGAUGGAAAAGAACCAGAAACUUGGGCUGCUUCUUGGUUUUCUCUCUGUGCACGACUGGUAUCAUGCACAACUACUCUUUGAGCGUCUUGCACACCUGAAUCCUGUUGAGCAUAUUGAAAUUUGUGAUGCAUUAUUUAGGAUGAUUGAAAAGACAAUGUCUUCAGUCUAUGAUAUAGUUUGUCAAAUGUACUAUUACUUCCCUCGUAAGAAUGAUGCUGAACAGAUAGGCACAUCUGUCCUGUCACUAAGUUCAUUUGAUCUACCGAAAGAGUUUUUCCAAAUGCUCACUGCUUGUGGACCAUACCUUCAUCGUGAUACUCAAUUAUUUCAAAAGGUUUGCAGAGUAUUAAAAGCAUACUUCCUCUCAUCAAAAGAGUCAAUCCGUGCAUCAAGCAUAGUUUCUCCAGAAUCUCGGAUUGAAGAAGCACUUGGAUCGUGCUUGUUUCCUUCGUUGCAGCUUAUACCUGCUAAUCCUGCUGUUGAUAUGGAGAUAUGGGGGGUUCAUUCCCUCCUUCCUUACGAGGCCCGCUAUCGUCUAUAUGGUGAAUGGGAGAAGGAGACUGAACAAAACCCAAUUAUCCUUGCUGCAAGGCAAACUGCAAAGCUGGACACCAGAAGGCUUUUAAAACGUUUGGCUAAGGAAAACCUGAAGCCGCUUGGCCGCAUGGUGGCUAAACUUGCUCAUGCAAAUCCUAUGACUGUGCUUCGGACAAUUGUCCAACAGGUUGAAGCAUACAGGGAUAUGAUUACGCCAGUUGUGGAUGCUUUUAAGUACUUGACUCAGCUGGAGUAUGACAUCUUGCAAUAUAUUGUAAUUGAACGCUUGGCUCAAGGUGGUCGUGAAAAACUUAAAGAUGAUGGUCUGAAUCUGUCUGAUUGGCUUCAAUCUCUUGCAUCCUUUUGGGGCCACCUGUGCAAGAAGCAUAAUGCUGUGGAACUGAAAAGCCUUCUCCAGUACCUUGUUAAUCAACUAAAGAAGGGCGUGGGCAUCGAGCUUGUUGUCUUGGAGGAGCUCAUUCAGCAAAUGGCAAAUGUGCAGUACACCGAGAACGUGACCGAGGAACAGGUUGAUGCUAUGGCAGGAAGUGAGACUUUGAGGCAGCAAGCUUCACUAUUUGGGGCAACUAGGAACUAUAAGGUGCUGAGUAAGUCUACAAACAGGUUGAGGGAUUCAUUGCUUCCAAAAGAAGAACCUAAACUUGCAGUUCCUAUGCUACUGCUUAUUGCUCAGCAUCGAUCCAAGAUCAUAAUAAAUGCGGAUGCCACAUAUAUCAAAAUGGUCAGUGAGCAGUUUGAUAGAUGCCAUGGAAUACUUCUUCAAUAUGUUGAGUUUCUUUCAAGUGCCAUAACUCCAACCACCUAUGCACAACUUAUACCUCCUUUGCAAGAUCUGGUUCACAAAUACCACAUUGAGCCAGAGGUUGCUUUCCUUAUAUACCGCCCAGUGAUGAGGCUUUUUAAAAACAAUAAUGGAGGUGACACUUUUUGGCCUCUUGAUGAUAACGAGGAAGGAGAAUCUAUAUCAUCUGAUGAUCUUAUCUUGCAUCUUGACUCGUCUCAGGAACCAAUCAUGUGGUCAGAUCUUCUGAACACAGUCCGGUCAAUUUUGCCAACAAAAGCUUGGAAUAGUCUUUCACCAGAUUUAUAUGCUACUUUCUGGGGCUUAACGCUCUAUGAUCUUCACUUCCCAAAAGAUCGUUAUGAUACAGAAAUCAAGAAGCUGCAUGAGAAUCUCAAACAAUUGGAGGACAACUCAGAUAACUCUAGCAUUGCAAUUUCACGACGUAAGAAGGACAAGGAGAGAAUCCAAGAUUUACUUGACAAAUUGAACAGUGAAUCACAGAAGCACGAACAACAUGUUGCAUCUGUGGUCCAAAGGCUAGCUCGUGAAAAGGAUAAGUGGUUGAGUUCCAGUCCAGAUGCACUGAAGAUCAACAUGGAGUUCCUACAGCGUUGCAUAUACCCACGUUGUGUUUUCAGUAUGCAGGAUGCUGUAUAUUGUGCUACAUUUGUCCAAACACUGCAUUCACUUGGGACUCCAUUCUUUAACACAGUCAAUCAUAUUGAUUGUCUUGUUUGUAAGACCCUACAACCAAUGAUAUACUGUUGCACAGAAUUUGAAGCUGGCAGGCUUGGAAGGUUUCUUCAUGAUACAUUGAAGAUGGCCUACUAUUGGAAGAGUGAUGAAUCUGUGUAUGAGCGUGAAUGUGGAAACAAACCAGGUUUUGCAGUGUACUUCAGAUUCCCAAACAGCCAGCGCGUAUCUUAUAGCCAGUUUAUUCGAGUUCAUUGGAAGUGGAGUUCAAGAAUCACCAAGGCACUUAACCAAUGCAUGGAAUCAAAAGAAUACAUGGAAAUCCGAAAUGCCCUUAUUGUGCUAACAAAGAUAUCUACUGUAUUUCCUGUUAUUCGUAAAAGCGGUGUCAAUCUCGAGAAACGGGUGGCUAAACUAAAGGGGGAUGAGGGAGAUCUUAAAGUUCUUGCUACUGGUGUAGCUGCUGCUUUAGCUGCUCGCAAGAGUUCUUGGCUAUCUGAAGAAGAGUUUGGCAUGGGCCACCUUGAUCUGAAGCCAGCAACAGCAAGAUCUGUGCCUGGAAAUCAGUCAGCAGAUCCCUCACUGGCAAAAGAUCGGAAUGUUCGUGCAAAGUCUACGGAGAGAAGGCAUGAAAAGUCAGAAGGUGCUACAAAGCCUGAUGUUCAACAAAAGAAGAGCACUGUGUCUGCAAAUGGAUCUGAUAGUCAAAUACCAUCUUCCUCUGCACAAGGAAAAUCUUCAGGGGCUGUACGUGUAGCGGAUGAACCUCCAAAACCUUUGUCUGAUGAGGGGGUUAAGGUUUCUACGAAGCCUACUUCAGAAUCUGAGACAAGGGCUCCACAAAAGCGUGCUGCACACAAUGCUGGGAAGGUAUUGAAGCAUGAUGUGGCAAAGGAAGAUUUAAAAGCUGGAAAAUCUACGAGCCGGAAUGUAAAUCAACAAGCGUCUGUUGUUCUUGAUGAUAGAGAAGUAUUAUCUCAGGCAGCUGAUGUUGUCCAGGAUACAAAUUCCACUAGUAGCAAUGGUAACUUGCAUCCAGUGCCACGAAAGGUUUCAGCAUCCUCCCAAAGAACAACAAUGUUGGUUACACAUAAUGGAGCAGCUAAUCCCACUGGUGAGUCAACUGAUCUGACUGACUCUACUGUGAGACAGCAAAAAAGAUCUGCUCCGGCUGAGGAGCAAGAUAGAUCAAGUAAACGGAGGAAAGGAGAAAAUGAACCUCGAGACAGUGACUUGAGUGAACACCAUAUAGACAAGGAAUUUAUUUUUGACUCACACGCAAUAGAUAAAUUUCGUUCAGUGGAGCAUGAGAAGAGUGCAACUGAGGAACAAAACUUAAGUAGGGCAGAAAAAAUAAAAGAGAAAUUUGAUGAUAAAUAUGACAGAGAUCCUAGAGAAAAAUUAGAUCGACCUGAAAGGCGUCGUGGGGAAGAUGCUAUUGAAAGAUCAACAGAUAGAUUAUCAGAGAGGAGAGAACGCUCUAUUGAAAGGAUGCAAGAGAGAUUUACAGAUAAAGCCCCUGAAAAAGGAAGAGAGGAUAGAAAUAAGGAUGAGAGGAAUAGAGUUAAAUAUGCUGAACCUUCAGUCGACCGGACACAUUCUUCUGAUGAGCGGUUCCGAGGGCAAAGUUUGCCACCACCUCCACCUCUUCCCACAAGCUUUGUACCCCAAUCAGUUGGUGCUAACCAAAGAGAAGAAGAUACUGACCGAAGGGGUGGGAGCACCAGACAUAUUCAUAGGUCAUCUCCCAGGCGUGAUGAGAAAGAAAGGAGGCAGUCGGAGGAGAAUGCUUCGUCGUUUCAGGAUGAUGGGAAGCACAGAAGAGAGGUAGAUCUUCGUGAUAGAAAGCGUGAAGAGAGAGAUAUUUUAUCAAACAAGGUAGAUGACAGGGAUAUGGAAAAAGGGACUACUAUGAAGGAAGAUAGCGACCCUAGUAAUCCUUCCAAACGGAGAAAAAUUAAGAGAGACCAGUCUUCUUUAGAAGCUGGUGAGUACGCACCUUCUGCUCCACAGCCUCCCACCCAUGGAGGUAGCUCGCAAUCAUUCGAUGUACGAGAACGAGAAAGAAAAGGUGUAAUUUCACAGCAGCGUACCUCGCAUUCUGAUGACCUUCCUAGGAUGCAUGGCAAGGAUACGACAAGCAAGCCAAGUCGUCGAGAGGCUGACCAAAUGCAUGAGAGAGAAUGGGAAGAGGAAAAGCGAUCAAGAACUGAAUCAAAAAGGAAGCAUCGGAAAUAGUUGAUCAGUGCUAACAUGGAUUCAGUUGAACUUCAUAAAAGUCUCCCAAACACAGGAGUGGAUGCAUGAUCGAGAGCUUCAAGUUUACGUUUUCCUGUAGUGAGAAAACAUAUUUCAACAUAUUGCAGACCAUUCAUGGUGUACCGCUGGUGCUGGUGAGGAAGAUGUGAAGCUUAAAGCGACCUUAAAGCAUGUCUGCCCAGUACCGGAAAUAGAGCUGCCAAUGCGUAUUUAACAUCUGGAGAUGGGCCAUGUUUAACUUCAUACAUUUCGUACUGUAAACAAUGUGGAACGUGGAGAAAAUACAUAUGGGUGGCAUACACUGAUUUGUAGUUUUGUACUGAACAUGGAUGAGUGGAUCACCCUCCGGCUAUUUUGUAUUUUAUUACUAACUGCCAUCAUGUUUAUUGUACGAAGCAUUUGGAUCGCCAUUUUUUACACUAUCUAGGAAUAAUGUAGGGGGAAGCAUGAUUGAAACGUACAUAUUGUGGUCUGAAUGUUUUCUUAGCUAUUUUCUGUUCGGGUUCA